AUGAAAUUUAAAAAAAAAAACAUAUAUUGGGUAAGUCCUACUAAAGGUGUUGAAAGUAUGGGAUGUGGAUUGGUUAAAGAAUUUCCAUGUAAAGAUAUUGGUUCUAUAAUUGAUAAAAUAACACCAAAUGUAUCAACGAUUAUUAAUUUAAUGGAAGGUGUUUAUAGAGGUAAUUUUAGUUAUUUAAUGACAAAUUUCGUUAUAUUAUUUAAAGGUGAGGGUAGAGAUAAAACAAUAAUAGAUUUAGAAGGUAGACAAAGAUUUACACUUUGUACAAUUAGUGAUAUUCAUUUCAAAGAUCUUACAAUUAAAAAUGGUUUUGGUAAUGCAAUAUCUGGAAUUUUUGAUGGUGGUGCUAUCUAUGCAUACGAUAGUCAAAUUCAUUUUGUAAACGUUGCAUUAAUCGAUAACACUUGUAGUGCAUCAGGUGGUGGUAUAUUUCUAUACAAUUGUUAUUUUAAUGUUGAGCAUAGUUUAUUUCAAAAUAAUACAGCAAAUAGUGGAGGUGGAUUUAUAUUAUUAUUAUCAGCUUCAAAUAUUACAAAUUCAAGUUUUUUACAUAAUAGAGUAUUUCAAGAAGGUAAAGGUGGUGCAAUUCAAGUUUUCAUUUCAUUUAUGAGUAUUGAACUUUCACUAUUUGCUUAUAAUAUUGCACCAUAUAGUGGUGCUAUUGAUAUGGUUGGUGGAAAUUUAACAUCAAAAUAUUCAAAAUUUAUAGAAAAUCAUUCAAAUAUUGGUGGUGGAUUUGGACUUUAUUUUAUAUCAAAUGUAAUAUUUGAAAGUUGUGAAUUCAUUGGAAAUAGAGCAAAUAGUACAGGUGGAUUAUCAUUUUUAACAGCUCAAUCAAUGUUAAGAUUUUCAUUAUGUAUUUUUAAAGAUAACUUUGCACCAAAUUGUGGAAUCGUUGAAUCACAUUCAAUAUCACCACUAUUAUUUGAAUCAUGUUCAUUCACUGGUGAUGUUCCAACAGCUGUUCAAAUUGCACUAUAUGAUAAUUAUUGUUUUUUAAAAGUUCAAAAUUGUCAUUUCUCUGAAAUUCAAGGUGUUUUAAUGUAUGCUGAUUCAAUUUCAAAUAUUAUAAUUGAUUCUUCUUCAUUUACAAAUGUUUCAAAUAGAAUUAUUGAUGUUGGUAAUGAAGCAGAUAUAUUAAUUAUAUCAAGUACAUUUUAUAAUAUAACAAUUGAUGAAUAUUUAGUAUCAUUAUCAAAUGGUAAUUUUUUAGCAUAUAAUAUGGAUUUUAAUAAUAAUAUUGUAUUGGCAUUAAUUAAAUCAAGUGUUGGUGGAUCGGUAACCAUCGUUUCAAGUAGUAUGUCAAAUAAUUAUGUUUCAACAAGUUUAAUUUCAUUAAGUAAUGGAUAUAGUGUUUAUAUUGAAAAUUGUGAAGUUAAAAAUAAUACUGGCCUAUUUAAAGGUUGUUUCAUUGAUACAGAUCAUACAGGUUCAGAAACGAUAGUACAAUCAUUGUUUGAGAAUAAUAGAUCACCAUUUGGUCCAAUUUUAUAUUUUUCAAAUCCUGAAACCAUGCUAUCAACAAAUUAUUCAUCAAAUUUUAGAGAUAUUUUAUUUUCAAAUAAUUUCGCAGCCUAUUCUGGUGCAUUGGUUUAUUUUAGUCAAAAUGUGUCAUUACCAAAUAUAAGUUGUACAAAUUGUAUUUAUGAUAAUAAUACUGCAGUAUUUGGUGAGUUGGUUAAUAGUGCUUUCUACUCAUUCAAUGUUUCGAUUACACCAGUGAUUUACCCAUUUCAAGAUUUAAUAAUUGAAAUAUUUGCAUUGGAUUUCUUUGGUAAUUUAGUUAGAGGUACUUCUGAUUUAGGUUUUUUUGCAAUUCCUUGUUCCGAUGCUUAUGUUGAAGGUAAUUUAUUUGCUGUAUUAAAUGAAAAUGGUUCUGCAAUAUUUUCAAAUAUUAAAUUAUCUUCAAAUCCAAAUUCAAUUUGUAAUUUAACUUUUCUAUCUGUACCAAUUGUUUCUGAAAAUGGACCAAUAACAAUACCAAUUACAUUUUCUUAUUGUUCACAAGAUAGAGAAUUAGUUAUGAUUAAAUCAAUUUAUUAUUGUUUAAAAACUAUUAAAGUAACAUCAUUUGUAAAAUUUUUAGUUGGAACAUUAGCAGCGAUUCUAUUGAUAAUUUUAAUAAUUUCAGGAUUUAUAUCAUUAAAAUAUAGGAAAAAAAGAGUUAUUAGAUAUUCAAAUCCAUUAUUUUUAUGUAUUAUUUUAGUUGGUUGUAUUAUAUUUUUAAUUACUAUUCCAGUAUUAUUUGGAUCAACUUCUGCAACUUGUAAAAUUAGAUUUCCAAUCAUUGUUAUUGGUAGUUGUUUAGUAACUUCAUCAGUAUUUAUUAAACAAUUUAGAAUUUGGAGAUUAAUUAAAGAUAUACAAUUAUUAAGAGAAACUAAUGUUGAAAAUAAAUAUUUAUUAAAAUUUAUUUCAAUAUUAAUGGUUAUACCAAUUAUUAUUGUAAUUUGUAGUUUCUUUAUAUUUCCUACACAUGAAAAGUAUACAUUUAAUCAAAGAGAUAUAACUAUAACACACUAUUGUUCAGAUGGAUCUUAUUUAGCUUAUGUUAUUAUAUUCUUAGUUUAUCAAAUGGCUAUUUUACUUUUUGGUUGUUAUUUAGUUAUAGUUUGUAGAAAAUUUAGAUCAAUUCCUGGUACUUUUAAUGAAGCAACCUAUAUUGGUAUUUUAAUUUAUAACUAUACAGUUGUUUUAAUUGUUGCUAUACCAUUGGCAUAUGUAUUUAAUAAGAAUCCAUUAGCAAAUUUUUUAAUAUUUUCAAUAUCAAUUAUAGUAUUUGUUUUAAGUACUAUAAUUUUAUUAUUUAUACCGAAAUUUCAUUUCUUAUUAAGAAAGAAAGUAAUUAUAUCAUCACUUGAAAAACUAAUUAAAGAACAAGAAGCAAUUGUACAAAGAAAUAAAGAUAUUCUUUAUUUUUAUGAUAUGUAUUUAGCUGAAGAAAGAACUGGUAUUCAACAACAACAACGACAAGGAAAUUUAUAUAAUAAUAAUAGCCUUGGUAGAAGUAUUUCAAGUAACACUAGAAAAAGGUCAAAUAAUAAUAUUAAUAAUAAUAAUAAUAAUAACAGUUUCAAUAUGACGGGUUUUUCAGAUUCCAGUUCAACAAUUUCUAAUCCAAAUUUAACAUCAUUUACUUCAUCCCCCUCUUCAUUGAAUAGUAGUAGUGAUUCAGAUUCAACACCUGAUUUUAAUGAUCCAAAUUUUUUGGAAUAUUAUAAUGAAAGAGUCAAAAAUUAUGGAAAAAGAAAAUCAAUUGAAAAAAAUAAAAUUAAUAAUAGUAUUCCAAAUUCACCAAAAUCAACAACAUCAUUGCCAACAUCAUUACCAUCAUCUUCUUCUUCUUCUUCUUCUUCUUCUUCUUCUUCUUCUUCUUCUUCUUCUUCUUCUUCUUCAUCAUCAUCAAUCACGCCAAAAUCAAAUACACCAAUACUAUCUCCAUCUUCUCAAUCAUCAAAAACAAUUAAUAAAGGUGGUAGUGGUAGUGGUAAUAGUAGUAGUAUUCCAAAUUAUCAAAAUAUAAAAUCACCAAAUACUCCAAAGAGUAAUAAAUCUUCACCAAAUUUAUCAAUUCCAGUAAAUAAAAAUAGUAAAGUUAGUAAAUUAUCAAGCAAUCAAAUAUCAUCACCAAAAUCAAUUAAAUCUGAUAAAUCACCAAUUACAAUUAAAGAUUUUGAUAAUUCAAGUGAUUUAAGUGAUUCAAGUAAUAGUUUAAAGAGUGAUAGUAGCAUAGGUUCAGAACAAUUCAAUGAAAAGGUCAUAAAUAGAAUAUUUAAUAUACAUCAAGAUAAAAAAGUUAAAACAACAAAACAACAAUCUGAUAGUACUUUAUCAAGUAUUGGUAGUGAUAGUUCUCCAAAUUUUAAUGAAAAUAUUAAUAAUCCAAAUAUUAAUCCAAAUAAUAAUAAUAAUCCAAAUAAUAAUAAUAAUAAUAAUAAUAAUAAUAAUAAUAAUAAUAAUAAUAAUAAUAAUAUUAAUAAUAAUAAUAAUAAUGCAAAUAAUAAUAAUAGUGACACUGAUGAUUCAUCACCAAAUUUUAAUGAAAAUAUUGAAAAAAAGAAUGUUGUUAAAACAAAAACAAACUUUUUAAAUCAAUUUCAUCAAAAGAAACAAAAAGAUAGUGAUAAUAGAAAAAAUUAUAAUAUAUCACCAAUUAAUAUUUCUGAUGAAAAGGUACCACCAUUAUCUCCAAUUAAUUUAUCAAAAAGAAAAUAA